UGGUUCUAGUGUGGUUGGGUCGAAUCGGGGUCGUUCGGAGUGGGCUCAAAACUCCGGCCCAGCCUACGGUUUUCGAACCAGAAGAUCCGAGGGCCGGUGACGUCCCUAAUUUUCAUCGAGAUACGUGCCAUUUUCAAAUUUCCGUCUCCAUCCCGCUCUCCCUCCAAUCGAUUCACCCUAAAAAUAAAACAAAGCAAAAAGGUUAGAGAGAGAGAGAGAGAGAGAGAGAGAGAGAGACCUUUCGCCAGUAACGCCAUUAACCGAGCUUCGAAGAUACCCCCUUUCUCUCUUUCUUUCUCUCUUCCGUCGGUCGCGCUUCGUCUUCCUCCGCGAUGGGAUCGCGCCAGGAGAAAGACAAGGCCGUCAAUGUACAAGUCAUCCUCCGAUGCAGGCCUUUUAGUGAGGACGAGCUUCGGAACAACGCGCCUCAGGUGGUGACGUGCAACGAUUACCAGAGAGAGGUCGCCAUCUCACAGACCAUCGCCGGGAAGCAGAUAGAUCGGAUUUUCACGUUUGAUAAGGUCUUUGGCCCAUCAGCUAAGCAGAAAGAUCUCUAUGAUCAAGCUGUAAUUCCCAUUGUGAAUGAGGUUUUGGAGGGUUUUAACUGUACCAUAUUCGCUUAUGGUCAGACUGGUACAGGGAAAACUUACACUAUGGAAGGUGAAUGCAGAAAAGCUAAGAAUGGACCUAAAGGUCAGUUACCUUCAGAUGCUGGUGUUAUACCAAGGGCUGUGAAACAGAUUUUUGACACAUUAGAAAGUCAAAAUGCGGAGUACAGUGUAAAGGUUACAUUUAUUGAGCUGUAUAAUGAAGAAAUUACUGACUUGCUUGCUCCAGAAGAGUUGUCAAAAAUUGCCUUAGAGGAUCGACAGAAAAAGCCAUUACCUCUAAUGGAGGAUGGUAAAGGAGGUGUAUUGGUAAGAGGAAUAGAGGAAGAAAUAGUCACCAGUGCAGAUGAGAUUUUUACUCUUCUAGAACGAGGGUCAGCAAAGCGCCGUACAGCUGAGACUUUGUUAAAUAAACAGUCCAGUCGAUCACACUCCCUAUUUUCUAUCACUAUUCACAUCAAAGAGGCAACUCCGGAAGGUGUAGAACUAAUAAAAUGUGGGAAACUAAAUCUAGUCGAUCUUGCUGGAUCUGAGAAUAUUUCACGUUCAGGUGCUAGGGAGGGAAGGGCAAGAGAAGCUGGUGAGAUCAACAAAAGCUUACUUACUUUGGGACGUGUUAUUACUGCUUUAGUGGAGCAUCUUGGACACAUUCCCUACAGAGACAGCAAGCUUACACGAUUGCUUCGUGAUUCACUGGGUGGUAGGACUAAGACGUGUAUUAUCGCUACUGUUUCGCCUUCUGUAUACUGCCUAGAGGAGACCCUUAGUACAUUAGAUUAUGCUCACAGGGCAAAAAAUAUUAAAAACAGGCCUGAGGUUAAUCAAAAAAUGAUGAAAUCAACAUUAAUUAAAGAUCUUUAUGGCGAAAUUGAGCGUCUUAAAGCAGAGGUAUAUGCUGCUAGAGAAAAAGUUGGAGUAUAUAUUCCGAAGGAAAGAUAUCAUCAAGAGGAGAGUGAAAGAAAGGCAAUGGCAGAACAAAUUGAGCAAAUGGGAGUUUCAUUGGAAACAAAGGAGAAGCAAAUUGAGGAGUUGCAAGAAAAGUAUGACACUCAGCUUCAGUAUUCUGCUGACCUUAGCAAAAAGCUCGAGGCCACAGAGAAAAGUUUAGAUUACACAAGCAAGCUACUAGCUACAACAAAGGAUGAACUGAAGCAAGUUCAGUAUAAUCUAAACGAGAGAGAUUACAUAAUAUCAGAACAGAGGAAAGCAGAAAAUGCUUUAGCACAUCAAGCCUGUGUUCUGCGAUCAGACUUGGAAAAAUCAAUUCGUGACAAUGCUUCACUAUACUCUAAAAUAGCUAGAGAAGACAAACAGAAUUCAGCCAAUAGGUCUGUCGUGGAUAGCUUCAAAGCUGAUCUCAAAGAAAAGUUAGGGGCUCUAUGCAGUACUGUUGCUUCGUCCAUGACUCAGCAGAAUGAACACCUCAGAUCUGUUGAGAAACUAUGCCAAUCUUGUCUUGAUUUCCAUGAAAAGGCUGCUUUAGGACUAAAGAAAAAGCUGCUAGCUUCGAAAGCUUUGUAUGCUUCACACAUAGAGGCCAUCCAAAAUGUUGUGCGGUUGCAUAAAGCAAGCUCUAAUGCUAGCUUUGAGGAACUAUCAUGCAUUGCUUCUACCAACUGCUAUUCUCUUGAUCAGUUACUAGCUAUGCAAGAAGGAGAGGCAAAUCUAAUUUUUGGUGAUCUACAAAAUUUGUUGUGCAAUCAACGUGGGGAAAUUGCACAUUUCACGGAAGAGUUGCGCAAGAGGUUCCGCGUAAGUCUAGAUCGAACAACAGAAGUAUCAGGUUUUAUUCUUGGGCUACUCAACAACCUUAUGGAGGAAAUUGCUAAGCUUCAAAACCACUCAAGUCAUGCCCAUGAAGCUCAGGUCAAGAGCUUUGCUGAUUUCCAAAGGGCUUAUGAGGAGCAGUCAAAAUCGGAAGAAGAAAAGCUUUUAGCAGACAUAAGCAAUUUAGUCUCCAGCCACAUGCGUCGACAAAAAGAACUGGUGGAUCGGAGAAUAAAUGGGUUGGCUGAUGCUGCCGUGAUAUCUAAGGCGUUUUCGGAUGAGCACGUGGAGAAAAUGUAUAGGGAAACAAAUGAUUCAAAAAGGAAAUGGGAAGACUUCUCAAAACAAGCCGAGAAUGACUGCGUGGAAGGCUCCAAGUUUUCUUCAGCAAAACAUUGUCGCAUGGAACUUUUGCUCCAACAAUGCGUAAACACUGUUGAUGCUGCUUCUCAACAAUGGAAGAAAACACACGUGUCGGUUAGUGAGAUGAGCAGUAAACAAGUUUCUGAAAUGGAAUCACUUAUUAAGAGUGCUAUCAAGGCUAACGAACAACAUGACGAUGAGGUUGCUACUGCUCGAAGUGCAGCAGAAGCUGAUGUAGCCAAUAAAUGCAAAGAUAUUAUCCAGCACUUUGAGGAUGUAUUGUAUAAUGAGAGAGAUUCAGCUUCGGGAAUGAUGAAGGCAGUAGAAGCUCACUCCAUGACCCUGCAAGAACUGCGAGCAGAACACUCAAGUCAUGUUGAGGAUAUUAACCGGAAUGCAGAAGAUGCGUUCCAACAUAGUUAUAAGGACUAUGAAUCGACCGGUGAGACUCCGGUUCGGUCUGAAUUGGACGUGCCGAGCAAGGCUGUGAUUGAGUCGCUCCGAACGAUGCCAAUGGAAGCCCUCCUCGAAGAGUUCCGGGAGAAUAAUCCUUCAGACUGUGGGAAGGAGCCCAAGCCUUCACUUAUACCGCGAUCACCGCUUACGCAGAUAAAUAAACAAAUCUCCUGAGGACCUCUCGCAGAUGCAAAAAGUUCUAUGCUGUAUCUCUAUUUGCCAUUAAUGGUGUAUUGUAAUCUUAUAAGACAAAUUACAUGCUGGUAAUUUUGAGAAUGGAGUGGGGAGAGCUACCUUAGCUUCCCCACAAGUAGCUUUGUUUCCAUUUAUAGUAAUGUAGUGUUGUGUAAGAAAACCCGUAAAAGUGCAGCAGUUUGAUGAUUCUUUUAAAGAAUUACUACUGUUAAGUGUUUUACUUGGUUAUUGUUGCUCAUUGUAAUACCUUGUGAUACCAACCACGAUGUGGUACGGUAGGGCGCACGACAUUGGCUGCGGUAUAGUUUAAAGAGGCUCUAACAGUUUCUUUUU